AUGGUUGAUUAUGGAUUAUCGUUGGAGGAGCACUUGGGACAUAAAGCAGUUUUGGACAUCGUUGUGAACCUUAUUGACUGUGUUGGAACUCGUGGACUAGGCGCAGACGAAGAUGCUUUGCACAACCGUAAGACGACUGCUUCCAAGGAUCAUAGGAUCAUUAUCAGUAAGCUCCUAUUGAUCAAUCGUUUGUUCCUGUCAGCUUUGGUGGAAGAUCCCGCUACAAGAAAGACCUUGAUAUCAAAGUCUGUUGUUUGGUCAAUGGAAGUUUUGUUGGGUCCUCUCGAUUUUGAAGCUUCAAGACUUGCAGCUACCGUUUUAAAUGCGGUUUGUACAACUAUUUGGAACUCAUUGAGUAAGCAGGAUCAAUCCGAUAUUGACUUGAGCUUCUCACUUUGUAAAUUGUUGCCUGCCAUUGCAAGAACGGUCAUCAGAUACAAUAAAUUUGCCAGAGGAAAUGAGUACUUCAAGCCAAAAAGAACGUUUACCUACUUAUUUCAAUCAGAGUAUCCAUUUCAAGAACACUCUCUUGACUCGGUUGUGAACGACGAGGUCCUUGUUGAAAUCUUGGUUGAGUUAUCAACCAUCUUUACUUUCAUUGCAAAAAUUGGUAAAACAACCGCAGGAAAUGAAGGUUAUGUUGAGGUUUUGAAUACUCAAAUUCCUGACGAUUUCUUUGAUCCAUCCAAGUAUCUUGCAAAAAAUUUCCAAGGAGAGGACAUCAUAACUCUUAUUUCUGGGGCCAAGUUGAUAAUGCGAGGUAAAUUCUUCCCCGAAGACAAAUGGCUUUCGUUGUACGCAAUCGCUCACAGAAGGAUGCUUGACGGCAUUGGAGCUCGUGAGACCAUUGCUUUUGAGCCACUAUAUACCUCCUGUCGAUGA